UCUUUGGUUGUUUAUGCAUGUACUUUUCUGGAAAUUUGCAGGUCCUGUUGCCGAAGACAUGUUCCAUUGGCAGGCAACAAUUAUGGGUCCUGCAGACAGUCCUUAGGCUGGGGGUGUUUUUCUUGUCACUAUUCAUUUUCCUCCAGAUUAUCCAUUUAAGCCUCCCAAGGUGGCAUUUAGAACAAAGGUAUUCCACCCAAAUAUAAACAGCAAUGUCCAAUGGGAGCAUUUGCUUGGACAUUUUGAUGGAGCAGUGGAGUCCUGCACUAACAAUUUCUAAGGUAUUGCUGUCAGUCUGUUCAUUACUGACAGAUCCAAAUCCUGAUGAUCCAUUGGUGCCGGAGAUUGCUCACAUGUACAAGACAGAUAGGAACAAAUAUGAGACAACUGCAAGGAGCUGGAUCCAGAAGUAUGCCGUGGGGUAAAUGGGCUUUGGUGUGUGUGAGGGAAGCCCCUUCCUAUCCUUAUAGUUUGGCUAUUCCGUUCUAUGCAUUAAUGCACAUUCUGUCACGUCAAUCCUAAAAUGGACUAAAGAGGUCCAUAACUUACCCUUAGUUUAAAGGAGAAACAAAUAUCUUCAUUCUGUUGUGUGUUGAUAAUGGUAAUUCGAAACAUCAACUUAUAUCAUUUAUAAAGUCUCGCUGUUUCU